AUGUCUGAUUCAGACUCCCAACGCCGAAUGAACGCUAUCAAACUCAACGACGCGGCUCAGCGCUAUGGAUUUCAGUACUCAUGGCUCGACGUGCCGUACACCGCGCCAAAUGGAGUGGUAGUGCAUGAAGCACGGCUAUCCAUUCUUGGUUAUACAUUUGUUGGGACGGACAGUAAGAAAGGAAUUGCCAAAGACUACGCCGCCGCCGCGUUCUUCCAGGCAUUCCCUCAAUAUUGGCCCUCUUAA